UCUCCAUGCGCUCUACGUAAUGGUGGCGAUGUUGAGGUAGGGAACUAAGUACCGAAGGACCAACCCAUAGCAGUACUAAAAAAACCGCCCAGUCACAAACGUUACAAGGUUGUUACUGCGUUUACCCAUCAUAACCGUUUUCACUACCUCAUUGUUAAGCUUGACACCUUAUCGCUGCUAACCGCAAGCAUCAUUGCCAGGUUUCAGUCGUCAUCUGUUUCUGCGAGCGUCCUUAUGUCAAUAGCCUGAUACAUAAUAAGCACUUACCAGUAUGGCGGACCGGCCGCCCUCAAAAGGGCUGGCGGUGCUUGGAGGGGCUCCUCCAACUCGCAGCGGCGCAGCGACUUCCUCAGGAAGGACUGCAACGGGAGCCGCAACAGGAACUGCUAAAAGAGGUCAAACAGCGAGAACUGCUGGAGGGACUGCUCUAGACCCACUUGCACAAGAAUUGAUCCUCAAGUACCGGUUAAAGUUCGGGGAGGCUGCUGCCACGGUAGCCGGCCAGGAGGCCAUCACCAAGGAGGUCCUGCAGUACAUGCUGGUGCUGCCCACAAGGCCCGCCAAGACAAGGGAUACGGACCUAGCCCACCUAGAGGACCGCAUCCGAACCCGCCUGCUGGGGGGCACUCCCAGCAAGAACUCCCUGGCCGCCGCCAAGCGGGGUCAGGGCGCGGACGAGUGGCUUCAGAUGGUGGAGUACGACCAGGCGCUGGGGGCGGCACGGCAGCGGCAGGAGGAGGUGGCGGUGCGGAACAGGCAGAGCACUCUGCGGCAGCAGCUGGAGGCGCAGAUGGAGGAGCACGAGCGGCAGCGGCAGCAGGAGCGGGCGCAGGAGGAGGCGUACUGGCGGGAAGAGCAGGCCCAGCUCCGCAAAGCCGAGGAGGAGGAGGAGGCGCGCCGGCGGCUGCAGGCCGAGAUCAUGCUCAAGCUCAAGCAGGAGCGUGUGCAGCAGAUGCAGGAGCGCGUCAACAAGCGCGAGGCGGCGCUGUCGCGGCGGCGAGCGGAGGAGGCGCUGGAGGCCUCCCGUACGGCGUACGACACGGCGGAGGAGCUGCGGCGGGAGGAGGCGUCGAGGGUGUCAGCCAAACUGGCCCUCCGUGAGUUCCUGUCCGGCAACGAGGCCAACCGCGCGCUCAAGGAGGCGGAGAAGAAGCGGCAGUGGGAGGAGGACGCGGCCUUCCAGCGCAAGUGGGAGGCCAUCCUAAACAAGCAAGAGGCGGACAGGCGCGAACAGCUUGAGCGCAUCAAGCGGGUGCAGGACCGGCUGCAGGAGGCGGCUGACCGGCAGGGGGAGGCGCGGCGGAGGUGGCUGGAGACGCCGCUUGUGGAGCGGUACUUCAAACAGCGGGAGGACGAGCGAGCGGCGGAGGAGGAGCGGCGUGUGGCUCGUCAGAAGGAGGUUGCCAAGCAGGUGACUCAGGCGGUGGCGGGGCAGCUGCGGGAGCGGGAGGCGGCACGCAUGAAGAUGAAGCAGGAGGAGGAGGCCUACGCCGCCAGUGUCGCCGCCAAGGUUCGAGCGGCGGAGGAGGCGGAGAAGGCGCGCAAGGCGGCACUUCAGGAGCAGAAACUCAAGUUCCGGCAGGAGAUUGAGGCUCAGCUCCGAGACGCCGCCAUGCGCCGCCGCGAGGCCGCCAAGCCCAUGACCGAGACCGAGCGCCGCCUCAACGCGCGCACCCUGCAGCAGGUAGCUACCUGGCAGUCCACCGGCCGCCUCUCGCUGCCCGACCUCACAGGCGCCUCCGCGCAUGCAGCACUGGGGGGAGCCACCUCCCCCACGGCGCUGUCGACGGGAGGGGCACGGGCGGCGGCAGCGGCCCACUGAGGGGGAUGGGGGGCUGCAUGGGAAGCCGUUGUGUGACCCAUUGUUAACAAAACUGGCCGCGAGUUGAGGCGUGCUGUGGUUGUGUACUGGCGAGUAAGGGUGACAUUGUGAUUGGGAGGUGGAUGCAGGUGGAGUGGAUUACCCAUGUCGGGAUGCUGUUGUGUCCUCAGCUGCGGAGGCCCCGAGGUAGGAGGAUGGGUGGGUCAAAGACCAUGUCAUAUCAUCGGUGGGGGGUGCAUUGCCAGGACGUUUUUGGCGCAGCAGGUGUAGCUGAUCUGUUGGCAGGCGCGAUUACACACUGGCGUGACAGGGCAGGUGUUCACACAGGCGGCGUGCAGGAGGUUUUUACGAAUUGCGGUUUCUUGCCAGGUUUCCUGAAUGGAACUGCAGCGGCGCUCUGCUGGAGCUUGUGGGGUUGCUUGGCGGAGGGGGUGUCUGCCCGUGCGUGGCCAUAACGCAUCUUUCCAGUCUUGUUUGCUUAACUGUGGCGCCAGUAUGACCCAUGGGUCGAAAUCGCGGUCCGCAACUGUGUGUGCAUAUCUCUGCCAGUCGGCUGAUUUGGAGUCAGCUGACGCAAUCAGUCCGAUUCCCUUGUGUAUAGAUUCAUGAUCCAAACAAACAAAGCAUUUGCAGGGCUACAUGUUGUUGUCUGUGGCGGUG